AUGCGGCUGCACGCGUUUGCGGUCGCCGCUGCGUGCCUGAUGCUCUUGCACGCAACGUCUGCUGUACCAGCAUAUCCGUCGUACACGACGACGGAGAAGGCCUACACCACAACAACGGAGGCACCCGCUUACACGACAACCAAGGCUUACACCACAACCACUGAGGCACCCGCUUACACGACAACCAAGGCUUACACCACAACCACUGAGGCACCUGCGUACACCACAACCAAGGCCUACACCACAACAACGGAGGCACCCGCUUACACGACAACCAAGGCUUACACCACAACCACUGAGGCACCUGCUUACACCACGGAGAAGAACCCAUAUGCUCCCAAGACCACAACCGAGGCCCCGUCCUACACCACAACCAAGGCCUACACAACAACCAAGGCGUACACCACCACGACGGAGGCGCCCGCUUACACAACAACCAAGGCGUACACCACAACCACGGAGGCACCAGUGUACACCACCACCACGAAGGCAUACACCACCAAGCCUCCCGCCUACACCACGGAAGCGCCCGCUUACACCACACAACCUCCACAGUACACCACACAGCCUCCACAGUACACCACGCAGCCCCCUGCAUACACCACGGAAGCGCCCGUCUACACCACGCAACCACCGCAGUACACAACUGAGGCGCCGGCCUACACGACUCAACCACCACAGUACACGACGCAGCCACCAGCUUACACCACGCGGCCCGCCUACCCUGUCUACACGACCCAACCACCCGCAUAUACGACUCAGCCACCACAGUACACCACCCAGCCGCCACAGUACACGACUCAACCGCCACAGUACACCACCCAGCCCCCCGUCUACACGACGCAACCACCCAAGUACACGACAAAGCCACCUGUCUACACCACGCAGCCACCUGUCUACACGACCCAGCCGCCCAAAUAUACCACGCAGCCACCUGCCUACACGACGACCACCAAGUGCAACAACGCCUACGGCGGCUGCGAUGACGUGGCGCAGGGCGAUCCCAGCGGCAACACGGACUCGUCCGCCUCUGGCGCCAACGGGUCUGGCCUCUCCGCCGGUGCCAUUGCAGGCAUCGUUGUUGGCGCGGUGCUGCUUGUCGGCGUUGUUGUUGGCGGCGCCUUCUACGCAACGAAGAAGCACCAGCAAACCGUCCUCCCGACGAACAACACGCCAGCCGAGGCGGACCACGCCUAAAGGCAUCUGAAUGUGUUGUGAAUGUUUCGUUUGUGUGUGUUUGUGUGUGCAAGUGCACGCAGUGGUUUGUACCUACUCCCGCGUUGUUGUUGAUGUCCCAUUCCUAUGCUGGUGUUGAGGCACAUUGUCCCCCUCCCCCUGCCUCUCUCUUGUUGCCCUUUGUGCUUUGUGCGUGCUUGCAUGCCCCCUUCCCUCUUAAAUCUUGCAAGAUGAGCGGUUUGUAUUGCUGUGGGCUGUGUUGCUUGUUCAUUGGAGGAGUGGGUGGUCGCUUUGUUUUGCUUCUCGGCUUGCGUGUGAAGCGAUCCUGUGAUGGUGGUGGUUGUCGAUGCGUGCGCCGUUUUGAUGAAACUUGACUGGCUCAUGUUUCCCAUACAAAACGACAUACAGAAAACG